ACAUCGCGUUUCUCUGCUUCCGUAAUUACGCUAGUGGUACGCCCUGGAGUUGGGUAUGAAGAUGGCGGACGAAGAGGCCGAGCAGGACUUGGGUCCUGAGAAACGUGUUAGUGAAACGGUUGAAGAACUUAGACAACGGUUGCAAGAACUGCAAGACGUCGUGGUUAGAGACACUCGCAAAUGUUCAGCUCAGUCAUCUUCAGAGUAUUGCCAAGAGUUUUGUAGGACCCUGCUGAUGUAUGCAGGCCGUUGGAAGAUAGAGGAAGAGCCUCUGCCGUUGUUGGAAGUGUACAUAGUUGCCCUGCUGAGUUAUACCCAGGCUUCUCCAUACCUCUCCCUACAGUGUGAAAAUGUUCCUCUUGUGGUUGAGAAGCUCUCACUGAGUUUUGUGGAGCUUUUGCUAUCCCUAAAGAAUGACAUUCCUGAUGGACUAUGGAAAGAAUUCAAGUCAUCUGUACAGUUUGCUCACAGUAAGCUGCAGGAGAAUGGCCUCACUCAGCUGUCCCCUCUGUUUGCUUUGGGCCAGUAUGAUGGUGUUUGGAAAAACAAGGUCCUGCAAGAUAUUCUGUCCAGUGAAAAUCUACAGACAAACCAAGUUGAGGAGUUCCUGGUGCAAGAGGGGAUAAUCCUGUUGGAGAUGAGAGUGAAGCAGCUGAUGAAGAGGAAGCAUCUGGGCAAGGCUGCCCUGCUAGCAAAGGCGUGUUCUGAGUGUUCUGCCUUCCUGGGGAAGGGACAUUUCAAGCAGAUGUACCUUGUCUGCCUCUGUGCUACUUCACAACAGGAUCAGCUCAUGGGUGAGCUUUCAAAGGAGGAUUGCCGUGAUGCUUUAGAGAUGAUCUGCAAUCUUGAGUCAGACGGAGAUGAGACCGCAGCCUUCAGUUUAUGCUCAGCCUUUCUGACCCGACAGCUUCUCCAAGGAGAUAUGUACUGUGCUUGGGAGCUCACUUUGUUUUGGAGUAAGCUGUUAAAGCGCUUGGAGCCAUCAGAGCAGGCCUUCCUCGACAGAUGCCGCCAGAUGUCCGCAUUUUCCAAAACUGUUUACCACAUCUUGUUCUUCAUCAAGGUCAUCCAAUCAGAGAUUGACAAUGUUGGACUACCAGUGUGUAUCGAAAUGUGCAUAAGAGCUCUACAGAUGGAAUCAGAUGAUGGAACCACCAAGGCCACUGUGUUUAAAACCAUUUCCUGUUUGCUUCCUACUGACCUCGAAGUCAAGCGAGCCUGUCAGUUGACUGAGUUCCUCCUGGAGCCCACAGUAGACUCAUACUAUGCUGUGGAGACUCUUUAUAAUGAACCAGAUCAAAAACUAGAGGAGGAGAACAUGCCUAUUCCCAACUCACUACGCUGCGAGCUUCUGUUGGCUUUUAAAACCCAGUGGCCAUUUGAUCCGGAGUUCUGGGAUUGGAAAACACUUAAGCGUCAUUGUCUAGCGCUAAUGGGUGAAGAAGCUUCAAUUGUGUCAUCCAUUGACCUGCUUAAUGAUACUGAGGGCCCCGAAGAAGAGGAAGACUUCCUCAGUCAGGAGGGGUUCAAAGAUUUCCCAGACCAUUUUGUCAGCGGCACGUAUGAAGUAAAAGAUAUCAUGGAUAAGAGAGAGAAAAACAGAGCAGUGAAAAAACUGAGAGAGAAAGGUUUCAUAUCUGCCAGGUUCAGAAACUGGCAGGCAUAUAUGCAGUACUGUGUGCUGUGUGACAAAGAGUUUCUUGGCCACAGAAUUGUACGCCAUGCACAGACUCAUCUGAGUGGCGGAGUGUACAGCUGCCCAAUAUGUACUCAAACCUUUAACUCAAAAGAUGGAUUGAUUCCCCAUGUAACAUCACAUGUUAAACAGUCAUGCAAGGAAAGGCUGACUGCAAUUAAAACCAACAAGAAAUUGUCUAAUCCUAAAACAGCUGCACCUGUUAUUGCAGCAUUAAAAGCCAAGACAGAAAAUGAACUAUAUGAAAAUGGUGAUUUCCUAGGACAGAGUGAGGUGUUGGUUAACAAUGUUCAGGUUAGAGUGCCGAAAUAUAGCACAGAGAGAAGUGAAGACAACGUAUGCCCUGUUGGAAAAUGUGGUCGGACCUUCAAAUAUUUCAAAAAUCUUGUUGCACAUGUUAAAGGUCAUGGAGACAAUGAGGAAGCAAGGACUUUCCUUGAAAUGCAGAGCAAAAAGGUUGUUUGCCAGUACUGCCGCCGCCACUUUGUUAAUGUCACCCAUCUUAAUGAUCAUUUACAGGUCCACUGUGGUGUGAAGCCUUACAUCUGUAUACAGCUGAACUGCAAAGCAAGUUUCCUGUCCAAUGCUGAGCUCCUUAUACACAGGAAAACACAUUCUGCUUUUAAGGCCAGAUGCAUGUUUCCAAACUGUGGAAAGAUUUUCAACAAGGCCUUCAAACUGUAUGACCAUGAGGCACAACAUUAUAAAACUUUCACUUGUAAAGUUGUGGAUUGUGGAAAGGUAUUUCAUUCGCAGCAGCAGGUGGAUUUGCAUCAGGAGGAGCAUGCUACUCAAGAGGAAAGGCUAUCUUCAGAACAGACUUCACAAAAUAAGAAGCCUGGACUUUCACUCAUUGAGCAAAUGUUUUCAAACCACAUGCCCCCAAAACAAGAAAACUGGAACACUGAAAGUGCUGUUAAUCCAGAUCAUGGAAGGCUGCCAUUGUCAGUUGAGAGCUUGCAGAAAUCUUCACAAGCAGAACCACAAAAUACAGCUUUCUCAACCAAUCAGACACACGGUUUAAAUAAUUCUGUCAUUCAGUCUGUGAAUUCUGACCUGUGUGAUCCUGAUAAACAGAGAGCUGGUUCAGGCGGUAAUUCUUUUGAUUGUAUGGUGCCACCUCAACAAAAUCAAACCGUAUCUCAGUUUGAACCAAAUUUAGGUAAUGCAUCACUCAGCUGUAAUACAAACGUCUUACGAGGCCAGCCACAAAUGGUCCCCUGUAAUGUAAAUACUGGACCACUGAGUUGCAACUCCAACUGCAGCUUGCCAUUGCCAGGAAAGCAACAGCCGACAUGUAGUAGCAGUCUGUUCACAGUAUCACUGGCCCAAGACUCCCUUGAGCCAGCAACACCACAACCACUUCUUCUAACAGGAACUCCUCAGACACUUCUUGGGAAUAGACGAGAGGACUCUGUGACAACUACUACAGGUCACCCUCCAGGACAGAGAGAGCGAUUUCACUGUGCAUUUGAAAUGUGUACAAGGCAUUACAGCUCCUACAGAAGUGUUACCAAGCACAUGAAAACAGUUCAUCCAGAUUUCUUUGAACAGUGGAAAGUUGCUCGAACUAAAAUCAAGAUAACCUAUGCUCCAGCACCGAGUACACCACCUGUCAUACAGCUUGGAUCACUCACAUCACUUCAGAACCGGCGCUGUAACAAAGUUCCAGUUAAUGGUGUUCAGAGGCAGAAUGUUAUUCAGUCGCCUCCUUAUACUGACACGGGUACAAGCUCAGGCUAUACUGCUGCACAUUCCCGCUCCCCAUCUGCCUACAACCAGAAUACUGCACUCCUGAUGGACAAUGUUUUAAAUCCAACUGUUCUGCAACAGUUUAGAAGUGAUGGACACCCAGCAGCUGCGCAGUCCCGACCUUUAGAUAGUCAAAACUGGCAGACAGCCCCUGGAAGUGAACAGAGUCAGAGCUGUGGCUCUUCCCAUGUUUAUUCAUCUAACAUACAAGUGAUGCCACAAGUUGAUUCUAGCAGUGCCGCUCUACCACUCAGUGUUUCUUCUUGCUCUGUGAUUGGAUCAACAAUCAAGCCAGCAAAGUCCUUGCAGUCGCAACUUCUGAAAAGUGGGUCCCAGUCAGCUUUCCCCUCAUACAUGGACAAUGCAAAGAAAGUGUCACAACAAAUGGAAAACCACCUCCCACCAUAUACAUUACAGAUGGACAGCAAUUUAGUCUCAAAUUCCAGAGCACCACAAAAAACAAAGUCAAUUCGAAAUCGUGCGCAGUCCAAUUUUACUUCAAAGAGUGAAAAUAAACGCACUCAAAAUGGCUCAGUCACUGCUGAAAACAAUUUUGAAAAUCAAAAGCGAGCCAAAAGAAGCAGAAGGACCAAAUGGCCAGCUAUUAUUAGAGAUGGUAAAUUUGUUUGUCGCAGGUGCUUUAGACAAUUUGAUAGUCCCAAAUCUCUCGGAGGUCACUUAUCCAAGCGUACAGUCUGCAAACCAUAUGGAGAUUCAGAACUGAACAGAGACCUGUCAACAUCAUUUCUUGACCUCCUCAGUUCAGAGCAAAGAGUUGGCACUGCUCACGCUCAGCUGUCUUAUAAGCCUGUUGCUGUGUAUCAGGAAAAGCCUCAACAGUCAGUAACAAGCGCUUCAACAACUGCAAAAGACUACCCAGCUCCAGAUAUUCCGCAAAAGAACUCGCCAGCAUACAGCAAUGGUGAGUCAAACGAUGUCAUCCUUAAACAAAUCAUAGCUGAAUCUAAUAUGUCUGAUCUUUUUAUGCACACACCUGCUCACCAGCCAUUGUUUCAAAACCCUUGUGUUCCUUGUGGAGCCAGUGAGCAUUUUCUGGGGAGCUCUGUCAUACAGCAUACAGAAAAUGUCUUGCCAAAGAAAGGGGAAAGGCGAGAGGAUAACUCAUAUAGUACAGCCCAUUAUCCUCAGCCAAGCAUUGAUACAUUUGCUGCAAGUGAAUUCCCUGCCCCACUUCUUUCUCAGAUCUUCACAGAAAACCUUGCCACUGCUGUUCCUGACAGUGUUUCUGCAAACCAUGUGAUUCCUCCUGGGGAAAUUCACCAUGAAGGGCUUCACUCUGAGACAACCAUUCAGACACCAGACACAGAUUUGAACUCUGUGUUACCUGAUAGUCAGCUUAGUCCAACAACAGCAAGUGUCAAGCAAGCUGAGAUGCCAGUGAAAAGUCCUGAGCAAGAUAUCAAAAAGAGACUGCGGGAGCAGAUUUUGGCUGGUGACUUGCGUAGAAACAGCAUGUGUGUUUCAGGCAGCACUGACCCUAAUGCUGGUUCUAAGACCACCAUUUCUUUUGGCCCAUUGUGCAGUCCUACCAGUAAUUCUGGGCUUCAUCAGAUGUCAUGUGACACAAAGAGUGACAAAGCUAGUCAAGGACAAGUCAUUCAAGAAAAUUCUGGUGUAAUCCAGCGAAUCUCUGGUGAAAUUGAACAACUACUGAACACACAGAGUUUUACUUGUUUCAGAGAGUCCACCACCUCGCAGCAGGAGAUACUGAGCCCUGCAGGCAUUCUGGCAAUUGAUGUAGAUUCUGAGCCCACUCAGUUAUCUGCCAGUCAGCAACCGUGGAUGACAGAAAUUCAAAGUGCAUUUGAAAGGCUCGACUUGGUUAGAGAAACAUCUAAUCAAAUGUCAGCUUCCAGUAAACAAAAUAGCAGUACUAUGAAUAGCCAGACAGGAUCUGCAAAGAUUGAUUCACAUAGCUUAAUGCCUGUUUUUGUGAAGUCGUUUGCUUGUGACAAUGAGAACUGCACAUUUAGUUCUAUUUCCAGUGAAGCACUUUGGAAACACCUCUCGAAAACUCACAACUAUACAUUUGAGAAGGUAAAUGUGGUUAAGAAGAAGUAUGGCCAAUACGCUCCCUUCAAGUGUCAAAAAUGUAGUAAAGCAUUCACUCGUAAUUCAAACCUUCGCACUCAUUACCAAUCAGCUCAUAAAUUAUCAACUGAAGAAAUUGCAGAUCUCGAUAUGAAGCGCAGGCAGGCCAAAGCUGCUGAAUCUGCUGCUAUUCAAAAGCGCCCUCGUAGUACAAACCAGGCUCCAGCAGAUCAAACCACAGUGUCUACCAAUCAAUCAGUGGAGAAGAGAACACAUUGGUAUCCACUCCAAGGUGCAGUAAAAUGUGAUUACCCAUCCAACAUGAGCAUAACUAAUCAGAAAUUUGAAGCUGACAAUCAUUCUGCUUGCGUUUGUUCCUUGCAAACAGCUCCCAUGCACAACCAAGCAAUGACUCUACCAGUACAGUCCCAGACCUCCAUGGCAGCCUUUCAGUCAGUACAAGCAGGAACAGCAGCAGAACAGUGGUCUCGUGGUGAGCAGAGAAACCUGGCUAAUGUGCCCACUCAACACACAAGUGGUCAGCAAGUUGGAGGCCAUUUGGCCAAAGUGUCAGCUCCUCUCACCAAAGCUCUUUCUGCAGCCCCUCAUGUUAAUGGGCCUUUGUCUAUCAGCAAACAGUCUAUCAACAGGCAGUCAGUAGUUAAACCAAGCAAAGACAUAACCCGCAAGACAAAGGUGAAGAAAUCCAAAUCGGGUGGGGCCACAAGUCCAUACAGACCAUAUUGCUGUGUUCAUCAAGGCUGUGUGGCAGCCUUCACCAUUCAGCAUAAUCUUAUCCUCCAUUACAGGGCUGUUCACCAGUCUGCUUUAUCAGCACUGGAGGUGAACAAAGAGCAGGACCAGAAAGAGGGACUGGAUGAAAUAAUGGAACAGGAGGAGGAGCAGGAUGAACUAGAGGCAGAGAUCCCCCAAAUUUAUGAAUUCAGGUGCCAAGUAAAAGACUGCUCCCGUGUUUUCCAAGAUGUUCCUAACCUUGUACAGCACUACCUUCAGCUACAUGAAUUUAGUCUUGAUAUGGUUGGUAAUCUCUUGUCUGGCAUCAAGCUAGGCAAGUUUGCUUGUGGCCACCAAGGAUGCACAGUGUCCUUCACUACUCUGUGGAAGUAUGUAGGGCAUGUCAAAGAACAGCAUAAAGAUAUUAAUCUGGCCAAACCUGAAAAUUUAAAUGGCUCAUUCAAGUGUGAAAUUGAAGGCUGUGACCGUUCAUAUGCCACAAAGUCAAACCUGCUCAGACAUGUCAUGAAAAAGCAUCAGGAUCUGUCCCUGGCAAAACUUAAGACUCAACAGAUAAAUGAAGGUGAGGUGAAACAAAAUUCAAAAACUUUGCAUUACCAGAUUACUAAAACAAGUAAUGGAAAGGAAAACAUUGAGAGCAAUAAAAAGAUUGUACAGAGGGAAAGUGACACAAAGGGAGUCAGGAAGUCAAAGCACAGUCACUGGACAAAAUAUGGAAAACCCUCCUUGAAAUCUAAAGUUGAGGCAUCUGCAAUGUGCACAAAGAAAUUUCCUCUACAAUACCCGUGUAUGAUCAAAGGCUGCGAGUCUGUGAUGAAAUCAGAGCGGAGCAUAUUAAAACAUUACAUGGGACAUGGACUGUCAGACAAGUACCUGGAACAGCAGAGGAGUUACUUCAUAUUCUGUAAAAAGGUACCCAGGCAGAAGUGCCGUUCUGUUAGGAGUGAUGAUUCCAAAUCAGACAACACCUCUGACCUGUCAGACAAAGAACUGCCAACAGCAGAUAUCAGUCUGGAAGGAGCGGAAUAUGGCUAUUCCAAGCCUAUCCUACGCAAAAGGGCAACAGGAGGGAUCCCUGCUGUCUUGUUUGAUAGCAAAUUAUCAAAUGAUGAAAGUUCUGAUGGCUCUGUGGUGCUCAAACGCAAACGAGGACGUCCACGUAAACUGAUUGAAAAAAUUGUGAAGCGCAAGAAAAUUCCACGCAUGACCAAGAUUGAUGUAGUUUACAGCAGGGAUGAUGAAUCAGACUCCUCUUGCCCUGCAAUACUGCAGGAGGAGAUGACUGAGCAGAGUGCUCCACUGGCCUCUUUUAAACCAAUGGGAUUUGAAAUGUCUUUCUUAAAAUUCCUGGAGCAGUCAAAUAAAUCUGAAAAUGUCUUCACAAAGUGGAAAAAAACAUCCAGUUUGAAUACCAAAGACACCUGUGUCAGGUUCAGCAACCCUGAGAACUUCAAGUCCUUUGGUAAGGUUAAAAUAAUUGUAGACGGGGCCUUUUCAGGUGUCAUUGACCUCAUGUUGAAACAGCUGCAGGACAUGCAGCCCAUAGUGGUAUUAGAAAAAAAUGACUAGUCGUUUUUUGUGUUUUUUUGUUUUUUUUUUUAAAGCAGAAUCUCAGGACUUGAAUCUGCUGCAGACUGGUGCCCUAAAUGUUUUUAUACACACCCAGUUAAACAAGUUUUAGAAUUGUACUGUAAUACAGUCUGUACGUUGUUUCUUUAUUUUGUUUAGUUUUUUUGUAAACAUACAAAUGUGUAUAGCAUGUUUUUAUUUAUGGACUGUUCAGUCAAAAAAAUGAAAAUCUGACAUUGGGUUUGGUGUCUCAAUUAUCCCCGUGGGACUUGAAGACUAAAAGGAUUUGAAAUGGGCUGUACUGUGUGUAGUCAGUGAUUUAAAUAUGUUGAUUGUGUGUUGUAUAUAUAGUUUGAAAUCACCCACUGCCACCAGCAGUCUUAAUAUUAAACAAAUUCUUCUUUUA